AUGGGUGGUCCUGGCAUGGACUGGAAGACGGUGGGCAUUUACUGUGGCGUUCAGACUGCCGCGGGCAUCACCGCGGCCAUCUGCUACUCCCUGCUCUUCGGCAUGAGCUUCAACUUGAUGCCUGCCAAGGGCUUCUCCUGGUACCACGCUGGGCUUUGUGAGCUGCUCUACACCUUCAUGCUGACCUUCGUCGUCAUGAAUGUGGCUGUGGCCAAGAAGAACAUUGCUGAGAAGAAUCAGUACUACGGCAUGGCCAUUGCAUUCACGGUGGUGGCGGGUGCCUAUGGCGCUGGCGCCGUCUCGGGCGGCUGCUUCAACCCAGCUGUGGCCCUUGGCAUUGAUGUGUCCAGCGCUUUCCGCGGCUUUGGCUGGUCCAUCGCCUACGUCAUCUUCGAGCUGCUGGGUGCAGCCAUGGCGGCGGCCCUUUUCAAGGUGGUGCGCCCUGAGGACUUCGGAGGUGAAAAGAGCCAGAUGACCGAGCUGGUGAGCGAGUUCCUUGGAACCUACAUGCUGGUCCUGACUGUGGGCCUCAACGUCCUGGGUAGCUCCAAGGCAGCCGCCUUCUCCAUCGCCGCCGGUCUCACCUCCAUGAUCUACGCCCUGGGCGACGUCUCCGGUGCCCACUUCAACCCUGCCGUCACUGUUGCCAUCCUAGCCUCAGGUCGCUGCCCAGAACUCACUCCCGCGAAGGCAGGCACCUACGCCGGCGUGCAGGUCUUGGGCGGCAUCACCGCAGCGCUGACCUACGCUUUCAUCUACCAGGGCGCAACCUUCGGACUUGGACCUGUGGGCUCCAGUACCUGGGCCGGAGUGUCCGUGGCGGA